GGUGGGAUCAUACACAAAUGGACAACCAAGAGUUCAGCCCACCCGAAGUAAAAUCUAAUGUUCGCUGUUUUACACACGAAUGUUCACAUGGUUUUCGUCCAACGCCCCGACAGCCGUCAGUUUUUCAGCCGGACGACGACUUCGAAAACUGGGAAUUUCAGGUCUCAGCCUACUUAUCCACUGUCCCCGAGAAAGAUGUCGGGAUUUUUAUCCUCAGCUUCCUGAGCGACGAAGCUUUGCGGCUCAUCCGUUCAACGGGUAUUACACCGAAGUCUUCUUCCUCAGAAAUAUGGCAGGCUUUGCGACGUUUAUUUGUAAAAUCAGAGCCUUCUGUGAUUUACGAGGAGAAGUUCGCUACCCGCAACCAGUUGCCCGGCGAAACGGUGGAUAUGUUCUCACGUGCGCUUAGAGACCUCGCACUGAAAGCUUUCCCAGAACUUUCGCCUUCCGCACGGGAGAAUUGUGUUUGCAAACGCUUUUGUAUGGGCUUGCGCGACAAGUCGCUUCGUAACGAGUUGGUGCGCAGACUACCAUGCCGCCUCGAAGAGUUGCUGAAAGAUGCGCGGACACAAGAAGCAAUGGAAAUACUAGACGGCACUUCCGAGUCCCCUGGAGUUCGUGAAUGCCAUGCGAUUGGUCCCACCACAGCGAAGAUACACGAAACUACGAAAACCACUCCGCCUACACCGAACCCGCCGAACACGAGUUGCUGGUACUGCCACCGGUUUGGAAAGCGUGCUCAACACUGCGGGCACAAUCCCCCGAUCAGGCCGCGAAGACCCCGAGACUCGAACACGUUGAACAAUGAAUGAAUCGUUAUGAACAUGUUUCCCAUUUGACGCACCUACGGACCUUUUAUACCAC